GCAGGCAUUUUGUUGGAGUGUUCGAGCCAGAGCAAGAGCCUCAGCCGCCUCCUAUAUUAGCCAGCCUCCCUUUGCAGCGGCAGCAAGCAGUCCCUUUCCCUCUGCUCCUGUCUUCUCCAUUUUCGGUUGCAGCUUCCUCUCAAUAUCUCUCCUCAAACCUUGGGCCCAGAUGGCUCAUGAUCAUGAGAUGGUUUGUUUCUCCGGCCGUGCUCCACCGGCGGCGGCUCUGUAUCCGUUCCGCUUCCACCACCACCAGGAACAGGAGCAGGCCGUCGUUUCGGAGGAGGUGUACCACGGCCAUGUAGAGGACCCAGAGGAGAUUAGCUGCGGCCGUGGGCAGGGGAAGCUCUGCGCGAGGGGCCACUGGCGGCCCGCCGAGGACGCCAAGCUCAAGGAGCUCGUGGCGCAGCACGGCCCCCAGAACUGGAACCUCAUCGCCGAGAAGCUCGACGGCAGAUCAGGGAAGAGCUGCCGGCUGCGGUGGUUCAACCAGCUGGACCCGCGCAUCAACCGCCGGGCCUUCUCGGAGGAGGAGGAGGAGCGGCUGCUGGCGGCGCACCGCGCCUACGGCAACAAGUGGGCGCUCAUCGCCCGCCUCUUCCCCGGCCGCACCGACAACGCCGUCAAGAACCACUGGCACGUCCUCGCGGCGCGCAGGCAGCGCGAGCAGUCCGGCGCGCUCCGCCGCCGCAAGCCCUCCUCGUGUUCCCUGUCGUCGUUGGCCACCGCCCCCACCCACGCCGUCGCUGUCGCCGUUCACCACCACUAUAGCUCGCCUCCACCGCCAUUCCACGCCGGCGGUGCGCGCAUCCAGCACGACAUCCACACGGAGGCGGCGGCGGCCGCCACCCGUGCGCACAGCGGCGGGGAGUCCGAAGAGUCCGCGUCCACCUGCACCACCGACCUCUCCCUCGGCUCCGUCGGCGCCGCCGCCGUCCCCUGCUUCUACCAGAGUUCCUACGAUGGCUGCGACAUGGCCCCUUGCGCCGCCGCGCCCACGCCGGCCGCGCUCGCGCCCAGCGCGCGCUCCGCGUUCUCCGUUUGCUCGCCAGCGCGCCACCGGGCGGCGGCCUCCGACAACGGCUGCGGCAAGCUCGCCCGGCCCUUCUUCGACUUCCUCGGCGUUGGUGCGACAUGAUCACGGCCCUGGCGAGCGCCGGUGGUGUACAGGAGGAGUGGAGUGGGGUUAGCAAACAUCAAAUCCCCCGUGGUCAGGAUGAAGCCAGUCUGAGAUUAGGAGUUUUUUUUUACUGCCCAAAGACCCAGAGAUGUAGUUACCAUCAUCAUCUGAAAUUUGGCCUAGGAUGCUGUAAGAAGAGUUCUGAAAUCCUGCGUAGGUGCUGAUGGGGACAGAGGAAUCUUCCACCAAGUAACUAUGAACUGUUUCAGAUACUGGUUUAACUCGUUUCUUUUUGUCGGUGAAUAUAGUGGUUUAACUCU